AUGAGUAAUAAUAUUAAUAAUGCAGUAUUGACAAUUACCGACAGAGGGCAAUGGAAGCCCGCAAAGGGAAAUGAUAGGGUUUUGAGGUACAUUGUUCAACGGGCCCCAACAAUGAGGGCACGUUGCCGGAAAUGCUCACAGUAUAUUGUGAAAGGAGAACUUAAAUGGGGAAUACCCAUUCGUCAUACUCACGGAGAAUAUGGGUGGAUAACAGCAUGGCAACAUAUAGGGUGUACACGGAUUUCUCAAAUCGAUGAGGCCAUUAAUAUGAUUUUUGGAUUUGAAAAGCUUUCUUCCGAAGAGCAGAAUGAAGUAUUGAAAGAAGUGACAUCUUCUAGUUUACCGUUUCAUUUACUUCCCCUGGAUCCUGAUGAUUUGGUAAAGCGAGGUUCCCUUCCUGAAAUGGAGCCGUCCUCUGAAUUAUUACGUCCUCUUCUUCGAUACCAAAAAGAAGGGCUGAGUUGGAUGGUAGCUCAAGAGCGGUCUUGUAUUGGUGGAGGUAUUCUCGCUGAUGAAAUGGGAAUGGGAAAAACAAUACAAAUGAUCAGUCUUUUACUUGCGAAUCGUGUUAUGGGGCCAACUUUAAUUGUCUGCCCGGUUAGCUCUAUGCUUCAGUGGAAGGCUGAAAUAAAAGAACAUGUUGUUCCAGGGACGUUGUCUAUAAUUGUAGUAGAUCGUGCUAUUCAUGUUAAAAAAGACGAAAUGGAAAACGCGGAUGUAGUCUUAACUACCUAUCCUAUGAUGGAACAAUCGUGGAGAACCGUAGUAAAUAAAACUAAAGUAUCUUGCCCUUAUUGCGAGCAGCUUUUUCUUCCACGUCAACUUGUUGUUCAUAAUCGAUACUUUUGUGGUCCCAAAGCUAGGAAAACAGCCAAGCAGAGAAAGCGAGAAAAGGGACGUGAAGAUGUGAAUGUUGUAAAAAAUCGUAGAGUUCAGUCCAAAGAAACGAUAAAAAAGGGACUUAGGACUUUGCGUGUUGAUGUUGACGAUACCGUUGACGAAGGAGUUUUUGUCAGCGAGAAUGAAAACAAGAAUGAAAGAGGGACUGUUGGGCCAAUGGGAAUGUAUCGCGAACUUAUGCUGGAGGCUGGACGUACAGUCAGAAGUCGAUGGGAACCUGCUAAAGAACUGAGUGAUGGUACCGAUAGUACGAGUAUUUCAGUGAAUAUUAAUACAGAAUCAGAUGAGACCAAUGAAGAAGAGAUACAUAGAGAUGAGGAAGCUUUUAUUGCCUUUCAGUGCCCCAACUGUAAAUUUCAGUUAUUACGAUAUCCUUUUUGUCCCAAAACAGGUCAACAUCAUGUAUUGUCCGAGGGCCUGAAAAAUAUUAUUGAAACUGAUAAUGGUGGUGAUGAUAUCGAUAUUUUUGAAUCUAUUUUCCACUCAAUAAAGUGGAGCCGUAUUGUAUUGGACGAAGCACAUCGCAUAAAAGGUCGUAAUACAAGUACUUCCAGAGCGGCUUUUGCUUUGCAAGGUGAAUAUCGAUGGUGUCUUACAGGAACUCCUUUACAAAAUCGUGUGGGUGAUGUUUAUAGCCUUAUUCGCUUUCUCCGCAUGACACCUUUUGCGAGGUAUUAUUGUGGAACCGAAGGAUGUUCUUGUUCAUCCUUUUCACAUCCGUUUUCGGGAACCAACUUGCGUCAGUGUAUCUUUUGUGGUCAUGGGCCGGUACAACACUAUGCGUAUUUUAAUCGUUACAUAAUGAAUCCUAUAUUACGCUAUGGCUAUGUGGGAGAUGGUCGUCAGGGGAUGAUGAUGUUAGCCAACGAAGUACUUCAGAAAUGCAUGCUGCGUCGCACAAAAAUUGAAAGGGCAAGUGAUCUACAUCUCCCUCCCCUCACGAUUGAAAUUAUUAAGGUGAAACUCACGAAGGAGGAAAGAAAUUUUUAUGAUUCACUAUACAAGAAAAGCGCUGCCGCAUUUGAUACUUUUGUGGAUAAAGGUACUGUUUUGCACAACUACGCUCAUAUCUUUCAACUAUUAAGUCGGCUACGCCAGUCUCUUGAUCAUCCUUUACUUGUUGUGGAGUCUAUGAACGUGGGGAGGGUUGCGCAUCUGAAGGGUGUUUGCGGUAUUUGUACGGAGGGUGGUAAUGAAAAUUCUCUCCAGGUAAAUCCUUGCAGACAUACUUUUCAUCGUGUUUGUCUUGCUCAGUUUAUCGAAAGCUUACCUGGAAAUGAAUACCGUUGUCCUACGUGCUUUGUAACGAUCAACAUUGACUUGCGUCAAUUACGCUCUGAAUUGGAAGAAGAAGAGCCUGCGCCAAUAAUGCCUCCUGAAAUUGAGGAUGAACUUAUCGAAGAAGAACAAGCGGGGAAAUUAUUCUGUGAUGGAGGUACCCCGAUGGGAAUCUCAUCUACCUCUGAAAAGGUUGUUUCAACACAAAAUAAACGAAAAAAAGAUAUUUUAUCUCGCAUUGACUUUUCCAACCCUCUCCAGGGAAGCAAACUUGAUGCUAUUGCGGAAUACAUUCUUUCUGUGCCCAAGGAUGAAAAAAUAAUUAUUUUUUCACAGUUUGGGGACAUGUUGGAGCUUAUUCAGAUAUGGCUACAGAGAGCAUCUGUGAAAGCCGUAAAACUCACUGGUUCCCUCAUGCUUUCCCAGCGUCAAGCCGUGCUACAGGCAUUUUUGCAUGACCCAGGAGUUCGUGCGAUUCUUAUUUCUCUCAAGGCAGGUGGAGAAGGUUUAAAUUUACAAGUUGCUAAUCACGUUAUUCUUGUAGACCCUUGGUGGAAUCCAGCGGUUGAGAUGCAGGCGGCACAGCGAGCGCAUCGCAUUGGCCAAACAAAGCCUGUUCGCGUGGUUCGCUUUGUUGUGGAGCGUUCUGUUGAAGAGCGUAUGAUGGACCUACAGGAUAAGAAAAUGCUUGUGAUUGAAGGUACCAUUGAUGGUAAAUUCAGCUCGCUCCAAAGUCUCAGCGAAGAUGAUCUUCAGUUCCUUUUUACACGUUAG